AUGGGUGAUCUCCGAGUGAAUACGGGCUACAUGCAAACACAACGAGGUAUCAUCAAGAUCCUCGAGAUUGUGCUUGGUUUCAUUGUGUGCUGCAUGAUUUGUACAUCGCUUUUCGGCGGCCGAUCAUGCUUCUCCGAUUUCCGCAUGUCUUUCACAUCGGCCCUCUGCUUCGUGGCCACCGUCAUCAAUGUGGUGCUGUUCAUCAUGAACUUCCUCAGCAUGGGCCCAGCUAAUCUUGAGCGAAUCUACUCUCUCGUUGCGGCUGUGCUGUUUCUGAUCGCUGCCAUCUUAAUCCUAUGGUUCUUGAUCGAGAUGAGCUCAGGACGUGUUCUUCUCAUCUUCACUUUUAUUCUCCUAAUCCUCCAGCUCGCGCUCUACGCCUUUGACUUCAAGAUCCUGCACGGCCUUGCCAAA